UAUAUAUAAAUACGUGCUGAUUUCCGCAAUAAAACGAUUUGUUGCCGGCCCUUGUCUUCUGUUCUUACAUAAUCAAUAGAAAAGAUAGAAGGGAAAAUUGUAUUAUGACGAUGAUGAAAGAUGGUAAGAUAUCAAACCAAUAAAGAUCUAAAGCAAACGUCUUUUCAUCAGAGCAUUGCUCACUCACUCACAGUUCCAUUAAAAAAUAAGUUAGAGUCCAAUGCUGAUAAAAGUCUAAUCUACACACUUGUUUACGAUCAACGCAUUCUGCCUAAGGUAAAUAUACUCGUCAAAUACAAUGGACAGUCUUUACACAAGCCAGAUGUCAUCUGUAUUUCGAUGGGAGCAAAAAGCAACAAACUCGCAGAAGAGGCUGGUAGCAUAGACACAAAUUCACCUGAACACAGAGAAAAUCUAAAUGAUGGAAAUAACCAAACAACAACAAUAAGCACCAAUCAUUAUCAAUCGGAGAGAUUUGAAAGAGGUUGCUUCAUUCACUUAUAUAGGUGGCCGCCAUCACUUCAACUACAGGCGGACAGCACAGAUGAAGAUGCCAAAAUCGGAAUAGGAAAGACAAGACAAACUCUCUAUAACUCUGAAAUCAGUUUGGAAAUCUUCAGAACUACUCAGGCAGUCAGCAUAAAUCAGCCAGUUCUUCUUAUAUGAGUUAGAAAAUUGACCAGCCCAUCACGUGAAGCAUUUUCAACAGGGUAGUGUAGACUUUUAUCAACGGCUGCCUUCUCUGGUUUCACAUAUUGAAGAUCAGAUGUCCAGCCAGAGGGAAUUAUCAACAAGAAACUCCGGGAACAAACCAACCGAGAACCGAUGGCUCAAAGAAUAUUCCGAAUAAAGUGGAGAUAUAUCGGACACACGAUGCAGAAACCAUCGAAGGACGUCGCUCGGGUGAGAACCAAAUGGAAAACGAAAAUUCGGGUGUGGGUUCGAGGGUGACAUGGAGGAGAUCGUGCAGGGGGAUAUGAGAAGGUAUGGGCGAUCGUGGGGUCAGCUAAAGGCGACGGAAGAGAAUAGGAUAAUAUAGAACGUGCUGUUUAAGCCCUAUGCCACACUCGGAAUCCAAGGGAACGAAAAUAUAAUAAUAAGAAUUUUUCAUAGUUUGGUUUGUAAGGAUUAGU